CCCAAAUCUGCCACUCGGUCUUCGAGAGGAGAUGAUUCUUUUCACUCUUUCAACACUCCAACAAUGUCAUCUAGGUCCCUUCUCCAGCGCUCAUGGCGAGCAACUCGCAGCAGCCCCAGGGCUGUGACGCCUUUCCUCACAUACCCUGCUCGGCGAAUGGGCUCCAUCUCACAAAGACCGGGCUCAGAUCGGGUGCUCUUCCCCGGUGCUGUCAACAGCAAGUUUACCACCGAAAUGACGUUCCUCAAAGCCUCCGAUCUGCCCGCAAUCCCCACAUAUCGAGUAAUUGACUCCGAUGGCGAGUUGGUCGAUAAAUCACGAGGUCCUCCCGGUGUUUCAGAUGAGGAGGUUCUGACAUGGUAUAAGAAUAUGUUGACGGGUACGCACUCUAAAACUCCCAGAUGGAGCGCAACUGAUUGGUGAUAGUGAGCAUCAUGGAUGUGGUCAUGUUCGAGGCACAACGCCAGGGACGACUGAGCUUCUAUAUGGUCUCGGCUGGUGAAGAAGGUAUCGCGGUCGGUUCCGCCGCAGCUCUCACUCCAGAUGAUGUGGUUUUCGCGCAAUACCGCGAAGCCGGCGUCUUCCAACAACGAGGAUUUACCUUGAAAAACUUUAUGGGCCAGUUAUUUGCCAAUUGCAACGACACGGGUAAAGGCCGCAAUAUGCCCGUGCACUACGGACAGAAUUAUCCUCGCAUGCACACAAUUUCAUCACCCUUGGCCACUCAAAUUCCCCAAGCUGCUGGUGCCGCUUACGCCCUGAAAAUGCAGGAUCUCCAGGAUCCUAACCGAGAACGUCGCAUCGUUGCUUGUUACUUUGGUGAAGGCGCUGCUAGUGAAGGUGAUUUCCAUGCAGCACUCAAUAUUGCCGCCACGCGAUCAUGCCCCGUUGUCUUUGUUUGCCGGAACAAUGGAUUUGCCAUUUCCACCCCAACCCUCGAGCAAUAUCGCGGUGAUGGAAUUGCCAGCCGUGGCGUCGGUUACGGCAUUGACACAAUUCGAGUGGACGGUAAUGACGUCUUUGCCGUCAAUGAAGCUAUGAAGGAAGCCCGUCAGCGAGCCUUGAGCGACGGUGGACGGCCCGUCCUAAUCGAAGCGAUGAGCUACCGCGUCUCACACCACAGUACGAGCGACGAUAGCUUCGCAUACCGUGCUCGAGUCGAAGUCGAGGACUGGAAGCGUCGCGACAACCCAAUCAUCCGUCUCCGCAAGUGGCUCGAGAACAAGGGGCUGUGGAACGAGGACAUGGAACAGGAGACUCGGGACUCUAUGCGCAAAGCCGUCUUGAAAGAGUUUAGUGAAGCCGAGCGUGAAAAGAAGCCGCCCCUCCGAGAAGCAUUUACGGAUGUAUACGAAGAAUUGACGGAGGAGGCUAAAGAGCAGAUGAAAGAGCUCAAGCGAAUCCUGGAAACAUAUCCAGACGAGUAUGAUCUACGGCCAUACAAGGACGGAGCUAAGGGACUGGAUUAGACUUUAGAUGCCCGGAGGUCGGUUCUUUGUUACGUUUUCUAGAGAAAACUAAAUGAAUAAUGCAAGAGUUUCAUACAAAUACAAAAGUCAGAUGUACAAAGAAUAUGACUAGAAUAA